CGAACCCCUCGAGCGUCGACAGGUCGACUUUUUCUCUCUCUCAGUGAGGAGUCGCCGGCCUGGACGACCCUGAGAUUUGGCAGAGACAAGGGUCGCCGCAGUUCUUUUCACCAUUGACAAGCGAACCAGCUAAACAGGGAUCCAAUAUUGGCUUGAUCGUCAGUCUUGUCCCAUCCUGGCUAUCCAGUACCUCAUGGCCUUGCCCAACGUCAGGCACGCCCACGCCCGUCCGGUCAAGUCGCCCUUGGAAGGCUGCGCCCAGCAUCCCCGCGACGCACUUCCGUUGUCAGACUCACAACCACCGAGACAGACGGAGCGUGUCGUGCCCACCCAAGUUCGAAACCACGCUCACAGUGUCCACGCUUCCCUCCACCACUCCAACUCCAGCCUGCAUCCCACUGCUUCACAUCUUGAUCAUGAUCUUAUCGUGCAUAUUGCAGGUGUCAAUCCAACGCCCUUACCUUACCCACAUCAUUAUCAUUCCCACUCUUGCCCAAGCCCAACUGGCUCUAUCCUAGUCAACAAGAGCCAUGACGAUGUUCAAGUUCACCAGUGCCAGCACCAGUACCAGCGCCAGAACCACCUGACUCCUCACCCUCCUCACCCUCGCGCGCCGCUGCCACUCCGCAAGAAGCCCAAAUUAACCUCAAAUCCUAUUUCCAUCCCCAACUCAACCUCUUCACACAUGCACAAGUUCACCUCGAAUCCUCAACCACCAGUCCCUCUCCUAUCCAACAACCUUCCACUCCAACCACCUCCCUCACACAAGAACCUUCCGUCUCCUCCCAACCAAGACCACUCCUCCUCCCCUCACCCCUUGCAGCGAGCCAACACUGUCCCUUUACAACGCUCCCCUCAAAAGAAGAAGCCGCCCGCUUCGAAUUCUAGUCACGGAGUCGAGACUUCGUGUGGUCCUCCUGCGUCGUAUAGUACUCAACGCACUCUUUCUCAGGACCGCCCUCGUGUCGUCGAGCGCAACAGUACGCGACCAAGCUCAGGUUACACGGGUGCCCAAAGUGACGCGUCUUCUACCAAACCUCAUGACCGGCCUACAGCAACUGAUCUCUUCCCCUCACCCAUGUUCCCCGUGAAGCACGAAAACGCGACUCCUCCCAUCGCCGACUCCUCCCACGGCCAGCUGAAAACAGCCAGCUCCUCCAUCCCCCAGUUCGUAGAGUCGGUCCCAGCUCAGACUCCACUGACCCCCGUGUCAAUGAUGAGCAAAAGCAGCCCCAUGACCCAGGCCGACUCCACCAGUGCUGACGGAAACGACAACCUUGACGCCCAAGACCUAAAACCCACCAUCGCCGAGGAUGAUAGCAAAGGCUCGAGCAGUGAUGACCGCAAGAGUGAUGAUUUGUUUUUGAAUAUUGCCAAAGCAGACGCAAUUCGAGCGGGACCAGAUCACUUCCAACCCGACAAAAGACGCUCACGAAUAUCUCUCCCAUUCUUCACUAGCAAUCGACCCUCUACAAGCUUCAAAUCUUCUCCAGUACAGUCCCAAUUCGACACGGCCAGCCUUUCGGCUCGCUCUGAUGCCCUCAAUUACUACUCCAAAAGAGCGUCACUAGGCCAACAAGUCCCGGGAAGCCUUACACGAACACACCAACAGGAUGCCACUAUCCGUGGGCCCCAUAUCUCACUUACCCAGGAGACGCAAAGCAAUGCACCAAGUGAUUAUCCUCGCAGAGCCUUGUCUCGACGAUAUUCCAACGCCAACACAGAUUCAAGCAGGCCGCGUCCAUCCACCGCCCGCAACAGCCGACUAGUCUCAGACUCGACAUUUCUCGAUCGUUCACAUCCUCCCGACCACAAUGCCACCGAGUCCACCAUAUCCACCACCGCCCCAUCCACAGUUUGGGAUGAACUUGACGACUUGAAGUCGAGGAUUCGCAAGUUGGAGCUCACCGGCAAACUCCCACCGUCCUCAGCCGCCGCCAUGACGUCGUCGGAUCGACCAAAGACCGCCACCACCGCUGCCACAACUAUGUCAUCGUCUCCCAAGAACAAAGCUGCCGUGCCUGCUCUAACGUCUGCCAUUGAAGGUAUCCCGAGUCAGGUCCAUCCGCUGCUCCACGAGGCCUUGGCAAAUGCAAAGUCUUCUCUCAGCAGUGAAGUCUAUCAAAAGCUGCAGGCCACUGCUCAGGAUGCAUUACAAUUGUCAAUGAUGAUGACUUCAGAGGGGCACAGUGGGGGAGGUAGCACCAUUGGCGUUUCCUCCGCCACCGAACGACAAAUCCGUCGCCGCACCGAGAGCAUGUGCAGAAGUCUGACCGAGCUUGCUAUAGCCAUGUUGGCCGAUCAGAAGCCGGCAUCGGCACCUAUCACACGACCUGGCAGCAGAGACGCAUAUCAGGUCCAAGUUGGAGGGUUUCGAAAUCGAGGAUACAGCAAUGACGCGAGCGAAAGAGUACCAGUGAUCUCGAGGGUGCAUUCGCGACUCGACGGACGUCGGACUAGUAUACCGAUGGCGUCGAAUGUCAGCCACCAGCCAGCCGGAGAAACUAUUUAUCAGACUCCUCCUGCUGUUUCUGUUGUGAAUCAAGGCUCUGCCUCCUCCAGAAUUGGUCGAACAUCCACCUCUUUGCGGACCCGACGGAAUGGCUAUCUAGAUGGUGCUACCGACGAUGAAGAAGCGAGUCCAUCGGUGCGACCAGUCAGCCGGGCAAUGACCGAGCUGGGCGCAUAUCGUCAGUUGGCCCGAGACCGUGCAGCCUAUUCUCGAGAAUACACAGCACAACACCCACUUCCUUCCACACUCGAAACCCCUCCGGUCACACGCAGUACGAUGCCCACCAAUCUGUCCACCAACCUGAUAUCAAGACGGAAAUACGGUUCGCCCAGCAGCACCGUAGGAGCUCCCAACGCCGCGCCAUUGAAUGCAAAGGAGCCGUGGGGACGAAUCACCAUUGUUCCAGCGGUGUCAUCCAGUCCGAUCGAUGCUACUCCAGACGGCCAGGGCAAUGCACGGCCAUCCAACACAAGAAGAAGCCUGGGAUUCACGAGUAGGAUCAGCAGCGUGAGCAGCCGUCUGAGGGCAGUCAAGGCUGAAAGAAAUGGCGUGUCAGAUGGUCGAAGCACCCAAGAAAUGGCGCCAUCCGGUCAAGAGUACGAGAAUGUUGGGGCGGGGUGACCGGGGCCAGGGCAGAGGCCUGAGCCUUGAGCACGAGAUUUCAGGCGCUAUUGUAUCAUAAUGUACAAAGUUGCAGUUUUUGGUGAGAGGACGAGUUCUUCUCCAUGUUUUCGAUACCCCCAAAGCAAGGCGAGGCGUUUAAAGAUAAUGACGGGUCAUACCUCGAGAAAGCGUGAAACCAAGCAGCCUCGUCAGGCAAAGCGGGCCACUUUUUCUCCUCCGACCAGAUCGGAGUUUUCUUGGCGGAUUGUGUCCCUACAUUCUUGUACUUACAUUCCUGUCGGUAGUUGUUCAAGAUAGUGGUGUUAGUCUUGACCAUGUGUCCGUGUGGCUUUGAUUAGCCAUGGCUUGCAGAAUAUUGCAGAACGCCACCGUGCAUUAGAAAGUCGUCUGGCAAUGAACAAGACGAAGCUUAAAUAAAUGGCCU